AUGGACACCUGCACCCCAGAGCCUCAACGGUCAGCCAGCGGCACUGAAGGCCCCACCUCCCCCGCUGCCGACGCUGCCGGGCGACCCCACCAACUCAGGGGGAGCAGUAGAAGUUUCAGUGCACCCAACGUGUCGCAGCCGCAUGCAUUUCGCAGCGCCUUCAUUUCGCAAGUUGGGACCCCCCUCUGGCGCUCUCUUCGGCGUUCCCGCGGGGGCCAAAAGGAAGAGCCGAACCGUAGAGAUACCUCUUCUCUCAAUUCUUAUGAAGCAAAUGGGGCCUCAAACAGGCAUCACUCAUUACCUGUGGACUGCUCCAUGCACAGCGAACACGCCUCCGGCUGCCAAGGGUCCAGUUUAGUACCGUGCAGCGGUGCCGUCUCGACUCCUCCAACGGUUGGAGCAGUAGCGACAGCACCUAGUGGGGCAACAGCUAGGGCCCAGUCUGCACCUCAUGGGUGCUCUUCGGGCUCUACCUCUUACCGCUGCAGGCGCAGCAGACUUCCUGUCAUUUCCUUGCCAAGUAAAUUAAGGCAGCUAUCCUUUUCUGCGUUUCUCCGUGGCUCUUCGACAAGUCGCCAAAGCAAUGGCAACUCCGCAGCCCAUUCAAAGGGGACUCGCAGCUCGUCAGCUGAACCUGCUGUGUACGUACAGCACAGCGAAGCAAGUCGCACUGAAGGGGGAUCAACGAGCAAGAGGCGGCAGGCUAGCGCUCCAGGGCCGCCGUCUGCUUUUUCCCAACAGCAAUUGCAGCAGAAGCCGCCAUUGCGUUUAAGAGGGAGGCUGCUGCCAUUCAAUGUUUUCACUUCCUCCCCUACUGCCGCCGAUGAGCCUUCUUCUCCUGCAAGAGCUGUUUCUGCUCCGGCAGAGGCAGCUGUUUCUGUUCCAACCUCAGCAACUGUUCCAGAGGCAGCAGCAGCAGCUACAAAAGUAGCAGCGUCUGACCCUGCUGCUAACUAUGCUGCUGCUGUGACAGGUGUUCUGUCUGCUACAGCAGGAGGAGCUGCUCUUGAUGGUGCGAGUGCUGCAGCAGUCCCUGCCUUCGUCGUCGACGUUGCAGGAGCCGCUGAUGCAGCGGUUCCUGCUGCAGCUACUCCUGCGGCUUCAGGAGGUGAAGCCAAAGCCCCGGACUCUGCGAGAUCAUUUUGUCAGGAGAAUUUCCGCUACGACUUUCAGCUGUCUCUGCCUGCGGUGGUUGAAGAUGCUGCAACAACACAUGCGGUGCCUUCUACUCUGCACCGGCGCGCCUCAUGUCCGGCGCUCUUCAGCAGAGGGGUUCCUCUGGCUACCAGUGGAGCGGCUGCUAAAGCUGCACGCAGCAGUGGCCAGCAGCCAGUGGCUUCUGCUGCUGCUGCUGCUGCGUCCUCGCUGAGCAGCAGUGCUGCUCCAUCUCGAGAGAGCAGCAGAGGUGGGCUUCAAGGCUCGAGGCCACCUUCUGGCUCACAGCAGCAGCUGCUGCUUUCUGCCCCCCCAGGCGGUUUUGCAGCUGGCCAGAAGACCAACACCCACAUUUCCUCUGAGCGGCGCCUCAGCUCCUCCUCCCCUUCCCUCAACUAUGAGCACGUCAUUUCUGUACGAAGCUGUCUGAGAGGCUCCCUCGGGAGUCUCCGACAGAGGGCCCCCCCAGGAGCUUCUCCGAGGCCUCUGAUGGUGCGGCCAGAGGAACCUUUGCUUUUGAGCGGUGCUGCGUCUUUACCUUUAAGCAGCAGCCAACGCAGCGUGUACAGUGCAGCGUCCUUGCGGCUUCCAGGAGGCAGCGUGAGUGGGGGAGAGGGGAGUUCUCGUUCAGAGAUGGAAGCAGGCACAGCCGCUGCCGCCGCAGCAGCAGCAGCAGGGAGCCGAGAGAACCAGACGGACUUGGGUGUGGGCCUUUGCUACCCUCAAGCCCUUAGUAAACCCCCUGAAGAACGGCUAGGGGGAAAGGGGGUAGAGGCGUUUGUUCAAGGGGUUGAAAAAUGUUUAGCAAAGAUCGUUAGCAGCUUUCCACCUGGCUGUGAACUCCACAAUGGAUUUGGCAGACUGCAGGAGGACACAGAGGGCACAGACCCUCUGCUUCUGCUGCAAAACGUUUGCAAACAAACCAACAGCAGUAGGAAAAGCAUCAGUAACAGAGGAGCGGGUUCUGAAGGUGAACCGGAAGAGCCGAUGGAUAUCACGCGCACACACUCUGCACCCACAGGAGCUGCGGCAGCAGCUGACAGUGAUGCGGAUGCUGCUGUGGAUGCUGGUAGAGAUGCUUCAUUACCUGCAAAUGACGGCCGGCGACACACCUCCCGACAUGUGGCUAGCGAGGCGGCAAUCAACGAUCUCCUUCCCUUGGAUGCAACUCCUCGAGAAAUAGCAACGGGAGAAUCAGCAAGUGGAGUUGGGUCAGCAACAGCAAUAGCAAGGUUAAGGGAGGGCAGAUCAGAGGCGGCUGCGCAAGCGAGUUGUUUUUACUCCAUAGAGGAGGUCGUGGGGCGCGGGGCCCACGGCGCGGUAUUUAGGGCGAAGCGAUUUACAAAGACUUCCAAGCCAGAGAGCGCUUCGGGUGUAUCUACAGCUGGUGUGUCUUCUGGCGCAUCUGCAGCUUCUGAGGGGAGCCCUUCCGGUGGGGCUGAUGAGGGUACGAGUGUGGAGAUGGAAGAAGUGGAAGAGGACCAGGUGGCUUUGAAGAUAAUAGACAUAGAGGGAGCGCUGCAAGCGCAGUGCACAGACCGCAGCGGGAGGGUUCGAUAUUUAAAGCGUGUGCUGGCUGAGGCGAAGGCUUUGUCGCAACUUGAGCACGAGAAUGUCGUCAAGUUUUAUGAGGCAUUUCAGUGGCCUCCCUCGUAUGUUGUUUUCGUUACGGAAUUCCUGCCUGGAGGCUCCCUCAGAGACCUCUACAAAUCUGCCGGACCUCUUCCUGAGCAUAUCAUUGCAAAUGUGCUCAAGGAUGUGGUGGCGGCUUUGGCGUAUUUGCAUGAGCGUAAGGUGGGGGCAGACGGGAAAGUAGAGAAAGAGGUUUGCAUACACCGCGAUGUAAAGGCAGCAAACAUCCUCCUCACCGAAUCAGGAAGGGCCAAAUUAAUUGACUUUGGAAUUUCUAUCAUGAGCGGCAAAAAUGCCCUUCCUGAGUGUCUCUGGCAUGCAGACAAAGACGACGAGUUCGCAGGAACCCCUCAAUGGAUGGCUCCCGAAGUGGCAGUUACCUAUUUCCGCCGUCUCUGGAAAUCGGGUUUGAAACCACAUGUACCAGCAGCAGCAGAAUGUGCAACAGGAGGAGCAGCCGCAGGAGCAGCAGGAGCUGAAAGUAGAGAGGGAGGAAAUGGUUCCGACAGAGGAGCAGAACGCAUAGAGCAAAUGGCUAGAAGAGAAGAAACAAAAGCAUACGGCACGCCAGUCGAUAUCUGGUCGUUAGGCAUCACAGCCUUCGAACUCGCGAUGGGACGCUUGCCUUGGCCUAGCAGACUCAAAUUAGAAAAGGUGCUGCCUUCAACGCUUGCAUGUCUAAGUUAA